UCUGAACUCCGACGUGGCCAGCGGUGAGAAUAGGAAAUAGUAUUCUUCGAGCUUUCCUUCUUCCGCUCUUCUACUGCCUCCCAUGUUUGUGGUUUGUGUGUGACAGGGAAGGCUGAAGUUUGUGGUUUGCGGGGCUCUUUCGCGUUCCUUUCUAGACAAGCUAGUUCCGAUUCAUUCAUGGCUUCAGUAAUGCUUAGUGGAGCUGAAAAUCUUGCGCUCUUAAGUAGCAGAAACCCUAAUAAGUUAGGUUUUAUAGGGUCGGAUUGGCAUGGGAAGAACUUCCCAAGAGUGGGUUUUGCUAGUUCUGCUAGAGUUCCCAAUUACAGGACCAUAGCACCCAAGUGUAGUCUCUCGGCUUCGAGGCCUAGCUCACAGCCGAGGUUCAUACAACACAAGAAAGAGGCCUUUUGGUUCUAUAGAUUUCUGUCUAUUGUAUACGACCAUAUCAUAAAUCCUGGGCAUUGGACUGAGGACAUGAGGGAUGAGGCACUUGAACCAGCUGAUCUCAGUGAUAGAAAUAUGAUAGUCGUAGAUGUUGGUGGUGGCACGGGUUUUACCACAUUGGGAAUAGUGAAACAUGUGGAUGCGAAGAAUGUUACGAUUCUGGACCAAUCACCUCAUCAGCUUGCUAAGGCCAAGCAGAAGGAACCACUGAAGGAAUGCAAAAUAAUUGAAGGUGAUGCUGAGGAUCUUCCUUUUCGUACUGAUUACGCUGACAGAUACGUAUCUGCAGGAAGUAUUGAGUACUGGCCAGAUCCACAACGAGGCAUCAGGGAAGCAUACAGGGUUUUGAAACUUGGAGGCAAAGCAUGUAUAAUUGGACCAGUUUAUCCUACGUUUUGGUUGUCACGCUUCUUUGCUGAUGUUUGGAUGCUUUUCCCUAAGGAGGAAGAGUACAUUGAGUGGUUUGAAAAAGCAGGAUUCAAGGAUGUCCAACUGAAGCGGAUUGGCCCAAAAUGGUAUCGCGGGGUUCGUCGUCAUGGCUUAAUCAUGGGUUGUUCUGUCACUGGUGUUAAACCUGCAUCUGGAGAUUCUCCUUUGCAGCUUGGUCCAAAGGAAGAAGAUGUCAAAAAGCCUGUAAAUCCUUUUGUCUUCUUGAUGCGGUUGAUUUUGGGUGCCAUGGCUGCUACAUGGUUUGUAUUGGUUCCUGUUUACAUGUGGCUCAAAGAUCAAAUUGUUCCCAAAGGUCAGCCAAUCUGAGACCUUGUUAGCCGAGGAACCUUGUUAUAUUUUCGGUGAUUUUGUUCACCUUUUCGUCAAGCUAAGAUGACAUCUGCAGCCGAGAAACAUUUUAUCAUACCUCACUGGUAUGGUCAAUUUACUGUCACAUAUUAGUCUCGACUAGUUAAGCUUCGAUGUUGCUGCAUGCCUUUGCAAGCCAUGUUUUAUGAGGAUCAAAUUGCACUCAACAGGGAUUACAAAUCGUGGAGUGAUUGAGUAACCGGUGAACACAAUAAAUUGAUCUUGAAUAUUUCUUCGAAA